AUGUCAGUGGUGAAGUCCCUUGAGCUGGUGGUGCCAAGGGAUGUGUACCUGUCUGGGUCAGAGGUGGAGGGGGAGGUGGUGCUGCGCCUCCACAGCACGCUGAUCAAUCCCCAGGUGAAGGUGGAGUUGAUUGGGAGGGGCUAUCUGGAGUGGAUGGAAGAAGCCAACGCCCACAAGGAUUACAGCCAGGCCUCCAGCUGCGUCAACCGGGCAGAUUACGUCCACAAGACGAAAACAUUUGAUAUCCAAGGGAACUGGCUGGACCCCGGCGUCCACAGUUUCAGCUUCAGCUUCAUCCUGCCUCCCAGAAUCCCCUCGACCUUCACCAGUCGGGUCGGGCGCAUCUGCUACUUCCUGCAAGCCAUCUGUGCUACGCGCGAGCUCAUCCUAGCCAAACAGAAGAAAUACCUGAUGGUGCAAGGGACCUCUGUCUUCAGCCAAGACACUAUAGAAUCCGAAUACCCGUUGGUGGUAGAAGUGGAGAAACAACUCCGUCACAGCUGCUGCUUCAAGACUGCCCCCAUCACAUUACGCCUAUCCCUGUGCAAGAACAUCUUCACGCCGGGGGACAACGUUUCCUUCACCACCGAGAUUACUAACCACACGGGCAAGUCCAUCAAGAAAGUGGUCUUCAUCCUCCACUCGGUUCUCCUGUACAAGGGCUUCAACCUGAGGGCCGAGCGGCGCACCUUGGAAGAGCGAAGCGACCUGUUGCGCUUGGAGUCGCACCUCGAGGCGGGGUCCUGUGUGGACACCAAGAUCCACAGUACCCUCCUGCUGCCCAAGGUCAUGCUGGUCACCAGCUCCCACAAGUCCGACGAGAUCAUGGACGUCGGGUACGAUUUGACAGGGACCGUCUACUUCCCUUGCAUGAGCUCUGUGACGGCCCGGAUCCCCAUCAUUAUACGGAACGAAGCUGUGGACCCCAGAGAGUAG